UCUCUAUCCCGCUUUAACGAGGCACUUGACCUCCGUCGGCGCUCUUCUUCUCCCUGAGUGACGCAAAGAAAAGUGGGCCGGCGGAGCGCAAAGCGCAGCGCAGAACAGGACAGUCGGUGCGCACCCAAACAUCCCAAGUCAGCGGCGGACUCCUCCAGCGCCUGUCGGGACUCUCUGAUGUUCCCUCGGUGCAGGAACCCCGCCGGCGGAGGUAUCGGCAUGUGUGAGGCGGGAAACGCGGACUCUUCCUGAAACUUGUGUGGCAGUGAGGUGGGGGGGUUGAUGAAACUUUUCCUUUAAUGAGAGUCUCUGCGCGCUUGGCACAUCUGGAUUCGUGGCUGUGGAGUCCAGCAGGAUCUCACCCGGCUCCUCUGCUGCUUAUUUUUUUUACUUUUCCAUUUUUAGGACGGACUUUUGGAAUUAGUUUGAUUUAACUCUUCACUCCAAAACUUUUUUUCCCCUGAAGCUUUCAUGCGUAAAAGCCGAAGCAGAAUGGAGCGAACAGUGCUCAGAGCCGCGUGCGUCCUGCUGCUGUUCUGCGUCUUGGGACAAAGGGUGGACUCCAAUGAAAUCCUGGGUCUGAAGCUGCCCAACAUCGAGCCCAUCCUCAACGCCAACACGGUGUGCCUGACGCUGCCCGGCCUGACGCGGCGCCAGCUGGAGGUGUGCAUGCGGAACCCGGACGUGACGGCCUCGGCCAUCCAGGGCAUCCAGAUCGCCAUCUACGAGUGCCAGCACCAGUUCAAAGGCCACCGCUGGAACUGCUCCAGCCUGGAGACGAGGAACAAAAUCCCCUACGACAGCAUCGUCUUCAAGAGAGGUUUUAGAGAAAGUGCCUUUGCGUACGCCAUAGCGGCCGCCGGCGUGGUCCACGCCGUGGCCAACGCUUGCUCCAUGGGCAAACUGAAGGCGUGCGGCUGCGACGAGAAGCGGCGCGGGGACGAGGAGGCUUUUCGCCUCAAGGUGGAACGGCUGCAACUGGAGGCCAUUCAGAGAAGGAGGGGAAUGUCCCACGGCGUGAUGGAGCAUUUCCCCGCAGAACUGUCGGGCCACCACCAGGACACCUGGGAGUGGGGCGGCUGCAGCCCGGAUGUGGAAUUUGGAGAGAAGUUCUCGCGGGAUUUCCUCGACGCCCGUGAAACCUACAGGGACAUCCACGCUCGCAUGAGGCUGCACAACAACAGAGUCGGGAGGCAGGUGGUGCUUGACCACAUGAGGAGGAAAUGCAAGUGCCACGGAACGUCGGGAAGCUGCCAGCUGAAGACCUGCUGGCAGGUCACCCCGGAGUUCCGGAAGGUGGGCUCCAUCCUCAAAGAGCGCUUUCACGUCGCCACCCUUAUCAAGGCUCACAACCGGAACACUGGACAGCUGGACCAUUCCCACAACAACAACCACAACAACCACCACCACCAUCAUCAGCACAACCACCACCACCACCACUCGCACCGGCGACGGCCCGGCAUCAACGAACUGGUCUUCUUUGAAAAGUCUCCCGAUUUCUGCGAACGGGAUCUAAGUUCGGACUCGGCUGGCACGCAGGGCCGCAUCUGCAACAAGACCAGCCACGGCAUGGACAACUGUGAGAGCCUGUGCUGUGGGAGGGGCCACAACAUUCUGCAGCAGACACGGAGUGAACGCUGCAACUGCAAGUUCCACUGGUGCUGCUAUGUGGUCUGUGAGGAGUGCAGGAUAACAGAGUGGGUCAGCGUCUGCAAAUGAAGAAACUGCAAGACUAAAUUCUGGAGGAAUCAAAUUCUCCGUUCAGACUUUGAAGAUGGAAUGGCUGUAAAAUACUAUAAACGUUUGUGCAGUGGACUGCAGGGUUUGUCUGCAGAAGAAACGCGCAAACCCGACAAGCCAGCGGAUGAACACGCUUGUCUGUCAACACAUCUCAGAAACGCGCAAUGCCUUUCUCCUGAGACCAAACACACAGGAAAUAGUUGUGUUUUAUCCUCACAAACAAAAAAGGAACCGGACAGUCAGAAGAACUUGGCCAAAUUUACAGGAAUGUAAAAAUAAACUUAAGAUUCAAACAUGCGACUUAUUGCUUCACGUUAACACUGCAACAUCCAUCCAGUUUCCAAUCCCUUUGCUGGACCUAUCCCAGCUACUGUUGGGCGAAGUUGGGGCACAUCCUGGAAAGGUUGCCACAGAACUACCCACUCACACCUGAGGACAAUUUAGAAUCCUCAGUUAUUCUAUGAACCAGAAAACCAGAGACCCUCCUCACAUCCACAGGGAUGUAUCCAGCCAUAACUCUCCAUAAAUUAUCCACACAAAGCAAAAGUAUGGAUGAAGUUUUUAACAAAGGAUUUGACACAACUCAGUGUAUAGAAUCAGAGCACUUGCAGAUUUUGGGCUUCGUUCAAGAGUUAUUCUUGAAUAUUAAUUUAUAGCAACUAUCCUGUUGCAUGUUAAAUACAUUAAAUUUGUAGAUGUGCCACUCAAUGUUGCAUAGAUGCAUGUUUUAAAGUAUACACGCAAACAUAGACACUCUAAAACCUCAGAAAUAUCCAUCCAUUUUCUAAACUCAUUUUGUUCAUUUCGGGGUCAUGGGGGUUUGGGAGCCUUACCCGGCCACUUCUGAACAAUGCAGGGUAUGUCUUGGGCAGGUCGCCAAUCUGUUCUAGGGCCACAAUCAUACAUAGGGACGAUUUGGAGAAACCAAUUAACCUAUGAAGCAUAUUUUUGGGCGGUGGGAGAGUCUGGAGUCCCUGGAGAAAAUCAUGCAUACACGAAGAGAACAUGCAAACAGAAAGGUCCCCCAGUCGGGACUUGAACCAGGGGCCUUCUUGUCGUGAGGCAAGAGUGCUAACCACUGCACCACUGUGCAACAACUAGACCACUGAGUCCAGAUCUUCAGCGUUAUUUGCUGGGAUUUGUCACAUAUCUGACCCUAAACCCAAAACAAUAAAAAACCUACACAUAGAUAUUCUGUGAUCACCGUUAGAAAAGCACCAGUUUGUCCCUUAGUGUUGAACACAGCAGACUUUCACUCUUCCACAAAAUCUGUAAAUAAAAGAGCAGUUCUUCACCCAAAACCAAUUCUAGUGCUGCAGGAAACCAAGCUAUCAACAUCUUCACAUGACAGUUUCCUUUCUUGCCAUUUGCAGCACUGUGUGCUUCUUGUUGUGUAUCUGCACCCACCUUCUCCACAGUUUGUCCAGCGUGUACUGCAGGGAUAUUUUUAACCUCCAGAAAGUAGCUAAGGGUUUUAUGUACAUUCAUAAGGUCUCACAAAACAUUUAUAAACAGUGUUUCUUAUCAGACAUUGUAAUUUAUUUCAAGCAAAUGUAUCGUGUUAAAAAAAGGAAUACCUGGGAUUAUUUUUCCAGUGUUCAGACCAUUUCUACCCUGAUAUGUAGUUUGCACGUACUAAACUAUGUCUAGGACAACUCUGGGAAAAUAAUAACACUAUGCAUUUUUUUGUGCUAAAUGUAAUGUAUGUUUGUAUUUUGUAUGUUUUAAUAUGGUUAUUAUCUAAGUUAUUUUAUUUUUGUGGAUAACUUAAUAUUUGUAAAACA